AUGCAAGGAAAACUUACAGGGCUAUUGACUUUGCUGUUAGGAUCGAUAGGAGCUUCAAUAGUUAAGGAAAAUACCCUUGGAAGCCCAGACCUUAGAACUUCAGAAGUAUUAUACUCCAAUGGAGCCUGCAGCACAGAAGUUCCACUGUGCUCGAGGCUUGGAGUCAAAAAACUCAUGGAGGGUGGAAAUGCAAUCGAUGCAGCAAUCGCAUCUGCCAUAUGUAUUGGAAUAAUAAACUCUUUCUCGUCGGGAAUUGGAGGUGGUGGGUUUGUCCUAAUCAAAGGCCCAGAUGGAAGCAAUAUGUUUGAUAUGAUAGACUUUAGGGAGGUAGCCCCUAAAAGCCUUUCUUCAGACAAACUUGAGGGAAUGGGAAGGACAAAGGUAGGAGGUCUGAGUGUUGGAGUUCCUGGAGAAGUCCUUGGGCUGUACGAGGCACAUCAAAAGUACGGAAAACUUCCAUGGAAGAACUUAUUUCCCGAGAACAUAGCAAUCGCUAAAGGGUUUCCUGCUAGUAACCAGCUUAUAAAGAGAAUCAAUAAGUUCAGCAGCUAUGUGAGGAGUGAUCCGGGACUAAAAGAAGUUUAUACAAGAAAUGGAGUUCUCCUUAAAGAGGGGGAUAUAGUUGUGCGUAAAAACUAUGCUAAGACAUUGGAGACUAUAAUGAACAAUCCAAAAAGCUUCUACACAGGCGAACUUGCAGACUCGAUUGUCAAAGCUGUAAGGGAAAAAGGAGGACUGAUGGAAAAGAAAGACCUUGAGAAGUAUCGGAUUAUCCAUAGAGAUGUUCUGGAAGGAAGAUAUCACGACUAUAAGGUUUAUACCACGAACCUUCCAACAAGCGGGGCAUUGAUAUUGAGAGCCCUUAACAUACUUGAGAAGUAUGAUCUAAAGAAGCUAAAGGAAGAUAGUAUAAAAAACGGGAACUUUAAAUAUAUCCACUUACUAAUCGAGGUCUUCAAGUUUGCCAUGGCAAGGAGGGGAGAGCUUGGAGAUCCUGCAUUUCUCCCGGGAUGGGAGAGGAUAGUAGAGGAAAUAGUCUCGAAAAAGGCAGCAGAAGAGGCUUAUAAGAAGAUAAACAUGGAAAAGAUUUUGGACGUAAAAGAGUAUGGAAUAAAAGCAAGAGGAGUUGAAGAUCAUGGAACAACACACAUAAAUGUUAUAGAUAAGGAAGGAAUGGCAGUGCUUCUUACAAGUACAGUGAAUCUUGAAUUUGGGGCUCAGUUCAUGGAUCGUAAAACAGGAAUAGUGUUCAACAAUACCAUAGACGACUUCUAUGUCUCGUCUUUAGACAACUCCCAUGAAAAGCAUCCCAAUGAAGUAGAAGGAGGCAAAAGACCGUUCUCCUCUAUAUCUCCUGUUAUUCUACUUAAGGAUGACGAGAUUCUUACCCUGGGUGCAGCAGGGGGAAUAAGGAUUCCUACAUCCAUUAUCUCUACAAUAUUCUAUCUUUCGACGGGAGAGAAUCUGCGAGAAGCCAUAAUGGAAACAAGGAUUCAUAACCAUCUAUCUCCGGACACGACGUUUGUAGAAUACAACAGUCCAAGGAAACUCUGGAAAUAUCUUAGCGGGGUUGGACAUAGAAUAGAGAAGUCGCUUCAAAACACUGUUUUCACUUCUGUCCAGGGAAUUUUCCUGAAAAAGAUUGGUGGAAAUAGAGUUAUCCAAGCUGUAUCGGAUCCUCGGAAAGGAGGAGAAGCCUUUGGGUAUUAA